AGAUUUCGGGAAAACCAUUUGAACUUUGUAAAUAAAAACAAGUCAUAUAUUUGUUUAACUAUUAUGCGACUUAUAAUUCGUUCAUGGCAGUCUUUGUUCCAGUAAGUUUGCCAAGGAUUAAUAGAAAACUGUUUCCAGGGAAUACAUCAUCGGGAGACGAACAGAAGACGGUGACCAUAAGUCAUGGGAAAUGGAGAAAGUCGUUUCCUCUAUCUGAUGUACUAGAGUGGGGCCCUGUUUUUGAAGCUCAUAUACGAUGGCAAGAACAAAAUGGCUUGACUUCAGACCGACGAUUACGGAAACCGAGACUAAAACUUGAGUUUAUUGUGUCCACUAAGCUAAAUGUUGUUCAGGCUCUCUUGUCUGUUCUCCAGGGAAACACAAUCGAGGUGGCGUGGGAAGACCUCUAUGAAUUCGUUUCCGCGGCUGAUAUGCUCAAUAUCGAGUUCAUAAUGACACAGCUGUGCAAUUUUCUUCUGUCAAUAGAAAACGUUUUCCCUAUCCUGCAUUCGUGCUCAAAAGUUGAUGUAUCACAUCCAGAAAUAGACUCUUUCUUUAGAAGACACUUACUUUCGCUUACUACAAUGAAUGAAAUGCGAACGCUAACUCUGGAUUCUGUCGAGUUUCUGCUAUCUGACCCUAGACUGGAAUAUUGGCCAGUACAGGAUCGAUUUCAGCUUAUCCAACAAUGGUGUAAAGCAAGGGUAGAUCGGGCAAGUUUAUUUUCAGAGUUGGUUGGCAGGAUAGAUUUCAAAGGAAUCGACCCCAUUUCGAUACCUCAGAAAAGGCUUUUUGGGGUCGAUUUUCGGAAAGCAAUAUUUAGACCAAAUAUCGUUCAUGAGCAGUAUAUACUUUUCUCAGGAACAAAAAUGGCUGAUAAAAGAUCUACUUCCUUACUUGGUAUUAAACUGAGUGAUAUGACAUUUUGCAGUCUGCCGUUUCAAAGCGAUCUCCAAGGAACACUUCGAAGCAUAUAUGCCCUACAUGACAAUAGACUGUUGCUGGUCACAAGCGAAAAGUACAUAGACCCUUACUGGGCAGUCGUUAACCGCACAACGUCACAUGUAUACGUGCACGACGUUAUAACCCAAGAGUCCAGUGAAAUACAGAUACAUGCUGACAACUUGAAGAAUCCCAAUAUUAGCCAUGGUCUUGUGUUCAAUGGCAAAUUUAUAUUUGUUGUACAGAUGUUUGAAGGUUUAGAGAGAAUUGGUGAAACUAUGGUCUCAAGGCUUUAUAGAUCGAAUGACACUUCUUUGAAAGUAAAACUUCAGUAUCUUAUUGAAAUUCCAUGUUUAGUUACGACAUGCAUAGCGUAUAAAGAAAUACUUCUUUUGUCUUCCUCAAAUGAAAAGUUCAGACGGACUAUAUUUUGCUACAACCCAACAAAACAUAACUUGCAAACUAUUGACACAGCAAUGGAUGUUGUUGCGAUGGCUUUGAGGCUUGAUUUUCUAAUGUGCUUUGGUAAAAACAAAAUCUGUGUGUAUGAUGUUUCCAGUGGGACACCUUCAGUGAGUUAUUCGACUGAUUGCUCACUCACCUCAGAAAUACACGUGCGAUUUAACUUUUCCAACAUGAAACUUUUCAAACUGACACCAUUCAGAGCAACAGUUUUUGAUGUUGUAAAUCAGCGGACCUACAGCGUACCAUUACCGACUGUAAACACUUCACAAACGUGUGAUGCACCGUUACUUCGUUACUUAAUCGAUGUACACACACCAGUUCAUCUAAGUGUCCGUGCCCCAAGAUGUCACAUUCAAUGUCCACACUGCGGAAAUGAGGAUGUACGCGUUGCCGACAAACCAGACGAAGCCAUAAUUCCAUUGUUCAUGAAAGAAAUCAGUGUAUAAACUCGCUAACAGCGAAAUAUGUUAACAAUAGUUUAAUCAUUUAUUUUUCAGUAUUUUUUAUUGGAAUAAUUGUAUGAAAAGAUACAGAAACAAGGUCAGCAGCCGAAAGUUUAAACAAAAACAAAAUUCACAAAGACAACACUUGUCCAAACACAUUCGGUUUUCCACGCGACAUCGGUCGUUGUUCCACGCGCCACACCCAGCACAUGGGAUUAUAACAUUUGCUAUGAACGUAGAACAUUAACCGCAGUGUAUCAGAGGGUUCGACCCCAGAUUGCACAUCCAGUGUCAUUCUAUUCUGUGAAUUUUUAGAAGCACAUAUGAAAAUAUUAACUUUUUUAGUAGACAUAAAUAAGCUUUGAUACUAAUCUUCACAGAAACGUGAAUGAAGGGAAUAUUUCGAUUUAAAUAGCACCAAACACAGAUGGUGUUUAAAUAUUUUGUUAGCAUUAAGCCUUUCAUGCAUAUUGCACACAUUACCACUCAAAACUUGUGAGUGAUGACUUAAUACUCAUUACAUAAUGUGAGACAGACUAUAACUAUUCUUCCAUAUAUAUAAGAUAAGACUAUCGGACUAUGAAGAGCUUGAACAUUUGACAGAAAAAGUUAGAAAUUGUGUUUCAUUGGAGUAAUACAUGCAUAAGGUUUCAACUGUCAAACACGCAAAUAUACAAUAAUUACCGUAUUAGAAGUCAUAAUAAAAAAUAAAAUAAAUAUUUGACAGUUUUCAGCAUUUCAUUCUUUGAAGGCAGAAUGGUGCCAAUACAAGUCCCCACGGGGGCAGAAGGGUGCUACCAUAUGAAGACAGAGUGCAACACAAUCCGAUUAGUCUUUAGCUAGAACUCUUCACAGUACCAAUUAUAGAAUGAUGCAAUAAAAGGAAAUCAUAAA